UACCAGACUUCCGAAAAUGGCUUGUUUCCAUCGAAGACUCGCGGCGGGAUAUUAUGCGGCAACUUGUGUUUUCAAGUUUCCUCUCGAUUCACCAGCCAUCCAUGGGCUUGAUGACGAAGCUUUGAGGCAUCAUUUUCAAAGUUUCAACGUGUUCUCUGGGGCUGUCCAUACUUGUAACUUCUGAUCUCAAGCAACCUUAGAAUUUUUAUGAUAUCUUCCAAUCACGAAAUGGCUGCUAAGGUGGAAGAUACUGACUCAGAGAGGCUGUUGAACGACGCAUCGUCAACAGCUUCAGAGCUUGAAUUUAUGGACAGUAUCGAUCGAAAGACACUGAGAAGAAUCAAGUCUCGCUACCCCAUCUUCGGUGUCAUCAUGAUGUUUCUGCUCAUUUCUUCUAACGUGGCUUGUCACGAGUGGACAGGACUCUUGGAGCAGGAGUCUGACGGAACACGCUAUCGAGAUGAGGAAUGGGGGACGAACCUGUUCCCAGAUAACGGCGGCGUGGUUGCGCUGUCGAGAGACUUCGCCCGAGAGCACGAUCUGCCCGAUGCCGCAGUCACACCAGAAGAUCCUUCAAAAAUGAUAUAUCUCGUAGCCGGAUACCAUCAGCUACACUGCUUGUCUGUGAUUCGAGACUCGAUCUACUACUUGAAUGGAACUAUGCCGGUCUGGCCCGACCCUGGUGGAUUUAUCUGGGACCACAUUCUGCAUUGUGUGGAGGCUGUUCGGCAGGGGCUUACAUGCUUUCUGGAUCCAACUCUCAUCAAUCUUGAUGAAAAGUGGCCAGGGAUUCCUAAUGGACAGAAGCAUGUUUGUCGAAAUAGAGACGCGAUGUACCAGUGGAGUACAGAACACGGACAUGCAAUCCCUGUUGAUCCACGUUCUGGAGGGAAGAAAUAGUUGGAAUCUAAAU